ACCCUACUUCUGCCGUCGUCUGUUUCAGUUUCUCUCGGGCUCUUCGAAGUCCGAAUGCAGCUAGGUAAUCUUCGCAAAACCCGAAGUGAAACGCCGUAAGGUUGUUGUUUCUCUCUGAUUUCCGGUUCUUUUGGAAUCUGAUCUGUUCUGUUUGCCGGAAACGAUAUCAAAUCUGCUAUUUGUGUUUUCCGACCUAUCAUACGAGGAAGCAAGCAAGGGUAGAAAAUGGUGCAGUAUAACUUCAAGAAGAUUACUGUGGUACCUAAUGGAAAAGAUUUUAUUGAUAUUAUUCUUUCCCGCACCCAACGGCAAACUCCCACAGUUGUCCACAAGGGUUAUGCCAUAUCUCGGUUGCGUCAGUUUUAUAUGAGGAAAGUGAAAUAUACUCAGCAGAACUUCCAUGAAAAGCUUUCUAAUAUCAUUGAUGAAUUCCCUAGGCUGGAUGAUAUUCAUCCCUUUUAUGGUGAUCUCCUUCAUGUUCUGUACAAUAAAGAUCAUUAUAAGCUUGCCCUUGGACAGAUUAACACUGCAAGGAAUCUCAUUAGUAAGAUUGCUAAAGACUAUGUGAAACUGUUAAAGUAUGGUGAUUCACUCUACCGUUGCAAGUGUCUGAAGGUUGCUGCUCUUGGAAGGAUGUGCACUGUGAUAAAGAGAAUCGGCCCUAGUUUGGCUUACUUAGAGCAGAUUAGACAGCACAUGGCAAGAUUACCAUCAAUUGACCCUAAUACUAGAACAAUCUUGAUUUGUGGAUAUCCUAAUGUUGGUAAGAGCUCAUUUAUUAACAAGAUAACUAGAGCUGAUGUCGAUGUUCAGCCGUAUGCUUUCACAACAAAGUCACUCUUCGUGGGUCACACGGACUAUAAGUACUUGAGGUACCAAGUGAUUGAUACCCCAGGGAUCUUGGAUAGGCCAUUUGAAGAUCGUAACAUCAUAGAGAUGUGCAGUAUUACUGCGUUGGCUCAUCUGAGAGCUGCUGUUUUGUUUUUCUUGGACAUAUCUGGGUCAUGCGGUUAUACAAUUGCUCAGCAGGCGGCUCUUUUUCACAGUAUAAAGUCUUUAUUUAUGAACAAACCAUUGAUUAUCGUCUGCAACAAAACUGAUUUGCAGCCACUGGAUGGUUUAUCAGAGGAAGACAUGAAGUUGGUCAAGGAAAUGAAAGCUGAAGCUAUGAAAACUGUGAUGGGUCAAGGAGGUGAGUCUACAAAUGAAGAGGGGGUGCUGCUUACUAUGAGCACCUUGACGGAGGAAGGUGUUAUUGCUGUCAAGAAUGCUGCCUGCGAGAGAUUGUUAAAUCAGCGGGUAGAAUUAAAGAUGAAGUCCAAAAAGAUCAACGACUGCUUAAAUCGGUUUCAUGUAGCUAUGCCGAAGCCUCGGGAUCAGAAGGAAAGGCCACCUUGCAUACCUGAUGCAGUGUUGGAAGCCAGGGCAAAAGAAGCUGCAGAGAAGCAGAAUAGGAAACUUGAGAAGGAUUUGGAAGAUGAGAAUGGUGGUGCUGGUGUAUAUUCUGCCAGUUUGAAGAAGAAUUAUAUCUUGGCCAAUGAUGAAUGGAAGGAAGACAUUAUGCCUGAAAUUCUAGAUGGGCACAAUGUCUCUGACUUCAUUGAUCCUGAUAUUUUAUUUAGACUUGAAGAGUUGGAAAGAGAAGAAGGGCAUAGGCAAGCAGAAGAAGUGGAGGGUGAUUUUGAGAUGGAUGGAGCUGAAUUGACUCCAGAGGAACAAGAAGCUUUGGCUGAGAUCAGGAGAAAGAAAAGUGUUCUUAUUAAACAGCAUAGGAUCAAGAAGAGCACUGCAGAAAGUCGACCCACGGUGCCAAGAAAAUUUGAUAAAGACCGGCAAUACACAGCAGGGAGAAUGGGGAGACAGCUAUCGGCCUUGGGUCUGGAUCCUAGUUUGGCAGUUAACCGAGCGCGUAGCAAGUCACGAGGGCGCAAGAGGGAGAGAUCUCCCGACAGGGGUACCAAUGGGUCUGAUGCUAUGGAUGUGGAUGAAGAAACACCAAAUAAGAAGCUGCGAAUGAGGUCUAGAUCCUUGUCAAGAGCUAGGUCUCAAUCUCGGCCUCCAAGUGAGGUUGUCCCUGGAGAUGGAUUCAAGGACUCGGUCCAAAAGGUCAAGGCAUUAAAGAUUGCAAAGAAAUCUGUGAAGAAGAGGAAUAAGAAUGCCCGUCGUGGUGAGGCAGAUAGGGUAAUACCGACAUUGAAACCAAAGCACUUGUAUUCAGGAAAGCGUUCUACUGGAAAAACAGACAGGCGUUGAAAUAUGCUUGAGGGACACAUUUAUUUGCAGCAUUUCGAGAUCUUGUUUUCUUCUUGUAAAAGGUCAGAUGGGACCAGAGUUAUCUUAUUUUGUAGCCUUAAUUUUUAUGCAAUUUGGAGUGACGCUUACAUUCAAAUCUUUGAGAUAUUAUUUUCUUGGCCGUGUCCUGUGUCUUACUACAACAAGUGUCAGUUGGGUACUUCACAUGAUACCACAAAAUUUUGGAUUCGGAGUAUUUUAUUUAAUUUAAAUUUUCUCCAGCCCUUUAUUUUCAUGAUAACUACAAGUGCUGGAUGCAAAUUGUAUUA